GUUUUCCUGUGCCUUUCAUUGGGAUCGAGAAUCAUUCUCUUUAGUGUUGUCUGUGGCUUUCUCAAAGUGUUGCCCACCUGCGGUUGCUGGACUGGUUUCAUUAUGAUUAUGUUCAGUUUGAUAAUUGAGACUUGUUUAAGUUCUAUCGUGUGCCAAUGCCCAGCGUUGAUUUCUGCUUGCUGGUUGGGAAUCAUUGGGCUUCGGUCUCUGGACAUUGGAGCAAGUGCCCCGAGGUAAACGCAAGAGUGAGGCGGCGAAAGCAGCGAGCAGGGCCGAAGCCGACAAGCGGCGCCGAGAAGAACGGUCCGCGGAGGAGGCCGAGCAACACCGGCAGGACGAGGCGGCGCGAGUACGGCGUCACCGAGCUGCAGAAGGAGAAGAGGCUGCUUCCCAGCGCCGCGCCCAGGCAGCCGACGACCAGCGACGUGCCCGGCAGCGGGAGACGCCGGACGAGAGGGCAAUUCGCACCGCGGUAA